ACUAUAAAAAAAAAAAAAAAAAAAGUUACCACAACCCUGCUAACCGUCGUGGAUCGGUGGAGUCGUGAGAGGAGAGGUAGUUGAGUUGAAAGUGCUUCGUGCUGCCAAUCUUCGUGAUUCGUCCUCACCGCAGCAAUCCAAAUUCGUCCUCAUAUCGUGCGAUUCGGAGUUACCAUAUUGAUAUAUAUAGAUUUAUAGCAGAGGGAGCGUGGUUUCACAGGUUGCAGAGAAGAAAGUAGAAACACAUGUCAGUUUAUUUGUGCUACGUCGGAGGAAUGUGAGUUAUGGGAAGCAGUGGAGAAGAGGUUAUGGUUGACAAAGACGAGGUUAUUGCUAGACUCAAAGAUGAUGGUGACUUCGACAGGCUUCGUUUGAAGAUCAUUCGUAAGAUCAAGGACAAUGAAGAGUUGCGGCAACAUAUUACAUCAAUUGUGAAACAGUCAGAGGCACUCAAUCGGGCUGGAGCAGAAAAUAUGAAACCUAGACAGCUUUCUGAUGUCAUAUAUGAAGAAGUUGGUGAGAAAGUUAUGAGCCACAUAUCCGAUAGUUUAUGGCAAAUAAUCAGAUCAAGUGAUGGCAUGAAAAGUGAAAUUAUGGAAACAGUGCAAUCUGUCUACGAUAAACUGGCAAACCCCAAAGGGAAAGAUGAGGUUCUGUCAUCAACAUCUGAUGCAAUGCCAGUUCAGAGUCGGUGUGGAACAGCUUCAGCUACUGAGAAUGAUGAUCAUUUGCAGGAAAAUGAUCCUGAAGAGCCGCCAGGUUUCACUCUCUUACAGAAUCAUAUGAAUAAUAACAAUCACGAGGAUCAUGAUAAAGGGAAGGUGCAGAUUCAGAGGCAAGGAUCCACUGCAGAGUGCAAGGAAGAUUCCCACCUGCCACAGAAUACACUUGGUGAAGAUGAUCAUAAAAAUGCACCUCCUGGAUUUUCAAUAGACGCAGAGCACAAUCCACCAGCUGAUUGUAGUGAUGAAGACCCUGAUUUACCGCCUGGUUUUGGUUAAUGAAUUGGAAGAGAUUCAAAAUAAACAGGUUAAGUACUUAAGUUUCAAGAGUGUUUCAGAGGAGAAUUCAAGGUCAACCCAGCUGAAAAAUCAUCUGGAGAAGAUACCCUUUUGCUAGAUAGCGUUUGCAGUGACAAUUCUCUCUUAAAUAGCCUAUGAUUCGAUGAAACAGCAUUAGUGGAAGCACUUUGGGAGUGGGACACCACCUAUAGCAGAGAAUACCAAAAAUGACAUGAGCUAUGUUCCUUUUUGGUAAUGUUGAAUGAAAGUUUCAGAAUCUACAACAUAAAACCCGGCCGGAUAGUUACCUAUAUUUUUGUUGUUAAUCGUGAUGUAGUAUGAUGUAAAAUGUGAAAUCGUAUAAAAUAGUAUAAAAUAGUGUUAGUGGAUGUUUCUAAGGUAGUAGGAGUUUGUAAGUAGUCGUUGCAAAUAUUAUUUUUUUUAAAAAACAAAAAAAAAAUCUUUAUUUA